GAUUGUUGUGACGUGUUGUAUUUUUGUAAAUUAUGUUGUUUUAACAUAAUUCAAUCAAUUAGACUUUAUAUUGUGCACUGGAAUUUGUAAACACAAACAGCUAGAACAUGCUGACACUGCGGGAAAGGCAAAUAAAUGCCAUUAAGCAAAUACUGAAUUUAAACUCGCAGCAGCCAAAGGCGCUCGCAGCGGAGCCUGUGUGGAAGAUACUUAUCUACGAUCGUGUGGGUCAAGACAUUAUAUCGCCUAUUAUAUCCAUUAAGGAACUGCGUGAGCUUGGCGUGACUUUGCAUGUUCAGCUGCACUCGGAUCGCGAUUCCAUACCAGAUGUGCCCGCGGUUUACUUUUGCCUGCCCACGGAAGAGAAUCUCGAUCGCAUACAGCAGGACUUUUCCAAUGGUCUAUACGACGUCUAUCAUUUGAACUUUCUGGCGCCCAUAACACGCAGCAAAUUAGAGAAUCUAGCUGCCGCAGCAUUGCAUGCCGGCUGUGUGGCCAAUGUACAUCGUGUCUACGAUCAGUAUGUGAACUUUAUAAGUCUGGAGGAUGACUUUUUCAUACUGAAGCAUCAGCAGAGCGAUCAGCUGUCCUACUAUGCCAUCAAUCGCGCCAACACACGUGACGAGGAAAUGGAGGCGCUAAUGGACUCCAUUGUAGAUUCCUUAUUUGCCUUAUUUGUCACAUUGGGCAAUGUGCCGAUAAUACGUUGUCCACGCAACAGUGCCGCUGAGAUGGUGGCUCGCAAGUUGGAAAAGAAGUUGCGUGAGAAUCUUUGGGAUGCGCGUGCCAAUUUGUUUCACAUGGAUGCCACGCAGGCGGGCGGUGGUGUCUUUAGCUUCCAGCGACCCGUGCUACUACUGCUCGAUCGCAACAUAGACUUGGCCACACCACUGCAUCAUACCUGGUCCUAUCAGGCUCUGGUGCACGAUGUGCUAGAUCUGGGUCUCAAUUUAGUUUACGUAGAAGAUGAGCCUGGAGCUGCAGCAACAGGUGCACGCAAGAAGCCCAAGGCGUGCGAUCUUGAUCGCGCUGAUCGGUUUUGGAUUACGCACAAGGGCAGCCCGUUUCCCACAGUGGCUGAGGCUAUACAGGAGGAGCUCGAAUCCUAUCGCAACUCCGAGGAGGAAAUCAAACGCCUUAAGACCACCAUGGGCAUUGAAGGCGAGUCCGACAUUGCCUUUUCGCUGGUCAACGAUACAACAGCGCGUCUCACCAACGCCGUCAACUCGCUGCCGCAGCUUAUGGAAAAGAAACGUCUAAUAGAUAUGCAUACUAAGAUAGCCACCGCUAUUCUAAACUAUAUUAAGGCGCGUCGUUUGGAUUCCUUUUUUGAGCUGGAGGAGAAAAUCAUGUCCAAGCAAACGUUGGACAAGCCGUUGCUGGAUCUGCUGCGUGAUCCAGAGUUUGGCCAAGCAGAAGACAAGCUGCGUUUAUACAUUAUCUAUUAUAUAUGUGCACAGCAGCUGCCCGAGGCGGAGCUGGAGCGUUUGCGUGAGGCGUUGCAAGCAGCUGGCUGCGAUUUGAGCGCUUUGGCUUAUGUGCAACGCUGGAAGGCGCUAAUGAAUCGCUCGCCAGGCAUAAGUCAGGCCACGCAGUAUGAAGGCGGCGGCACUCGAACAGUUUCCAUGUUCACCAAGCUAGUCAGCCAGGGCAGCUCCUUUGUCAUGGAGGGCGUCAAGAAUUUGGUGGUCAAACGACAUAACUUACCGGUGACCAAGAUAACAGAGCAGGUCAUGGAAUGUCGCAGCAAUGCUGAAACAGAUGAUUACCUGUACUUGGAUCCCAAGCUGUUGAAGGGCGGCGAUGUGCUGCCCAAGAAUCGUGCACCAUUCCAGGAUGCCGUUGUCUUUAUGGUCGGCGGCGGCAACUACAUUGAGUAUCAGAAUCUGGUGGAUUUCAUCAAACAGAAGCAGACGUCCAAUGUUAACAGACGCAUUAUCUACGGCGCCUCUACUCUGACCAAUGCGAGGCAGUUCAUCAAGGAGCUCGCUGCGCUUGGCAGCGAGAUUCAAGCGCCUGCAGCAAGUUAGGAGAGGUUGUCCAGCUUUCACUGCUGCUGAUGGGAUCGGGUGCAACAACAACAACAUCAACGUCAACAACUACAAGUUUAUUGUGCAUGUAUGUCUGUCUGUUUGUGUGUGUGUGUGUGUGGCUUUUUUCUAGAGUUUAAGCAUAUCCAAAAAUAAAUUAAAUGCAAGGCAACAAAAAAGUGCAUGCCAUUGGCAAUUACUCGCAACUGACGCGCCUUAUACCCGAAGGACAACAAGCAAAAACACGCGUUGCCGCGUGUACAACAAGCGACUGCAACAAUCAACAGCGACAACAACAACAGCAGCAGCAGCAGCAACAACAACAACAUUAACAAUAGUAAUAAGAGCAGCAGCAGCAGCAACAACAACUGCCGGCAAUCGCAUUCUAGGCGCCCAUUAACACCAACUUGGCAACGCUUUUUGAUGGACAGCUGACAGACAGGCAGUCAACGCUCCAACUUGCAACAGUGCAACCAAAGACUGGCGACAAUUAUGGGGCGACAAGUAUGCGAGGCACUUGGGAACUGGCCCUUGCAAUUAACACCACACUAUAACUAUGAAUGGAACCAUUUCAAGCUGCAAUCAGCCAAUGCAAGCAACUGCAGCAAUGCCGAAUAUUAAAUAUUCUUUCAAUUGAAGUCUAAAGCUUUAUUUAUGAAAAGUU